AUGGCUCGCUCACGGAGCUCGAUGGCCUUGGGCCUUGGGCUCCUUUGUUGGAUCGCCCUUCUCUUCGCGCCCCUCGCCUUUGUCCAGAAGGUCCAGGCAGACGACACUGAGAGCUACGGCACCGUCAUUGGUAUCGAUCUGGGUACGACAUACAGCUGCGUCGGUGUGAUGCAAAAGGGCAAGGUCGAGAUUCUCGUCAACGAUCAGGGCAACCGAAUCACUCCCUCCUACGUCGCCUUCACCGAGGAGGAACGCCUUGUCGGUGACUCGGCCAAGAACCAGGCUGCGGCUAACCCUACCAACACCAUCUUCGAUAUCAAGCGACUCAUCGGCCGCAAGUUCAAGGACGAGCAGCUCCAGGCCGACAUCAAGCACCUCCCCUACAAGGUCAUCAACAAGGAUGGCAAGCCCAUCGUUCAGGUCCAGGUCAACGGAGAGAACAAGAAAUUCACCCCUGAGGAAAUCUCCGCCAUGGUUCUCGGCAAGAUGAAGGAGGUGGCCGAGUCCUACCUGGGCAAGAAGGUCACCCACGCCGUUGUCACUGUCCCUGCCUACUUCAACGACAACCAACGACAGGCCACCAAGGACGCUGGCAUCAUUGCCGGCUUGAACGUCCUCCGAAUUGUCAACGAGCCCACCGCCGCCGCCAUCGCCUACGGUCUGGACAAGACAGGCAGCGAGCGCCAAAUCAUUGUCUACGAUCUCGGCGGUGGUACCUUUGAUGUGUCCCUGCUCUCCAUUGACCAGGGUGUCUUCGAGGUCCUGGCCACCGCCGGUGACACCCAUCUUGGUGGCGAGGACUUUGACCAGAGAAUCAUCGAUCACUUCACCAAGCUCUUCAAGAAGAAGCACAACGUCGAUGUCUCCAAGGACCUCAAGGCUACGAGCAAGUUGAAGCGCGAGGCCGAAAAGGCUAAGCGAACCCUGUCGUCGCAGAUGAGCACGCGCAUUGAGAUUGAGGCCUUCAUCGAUGGCAAGGACUUCUCUGAGACCCUUACCCGCGCCAAGUUUGAGGAACUCAACAUGGACCUCUUCAAGAAGACAAUCAAGCCUGUUGAGCAGGUUCUCAAGGACGCAAAGGUCGAAAAGAAGGACAUUAACGAUAUCGUCCUCGUUGGUGGUUCCACUCGUAUCCCCAAGGUUCAGAAGUUGAUUGAGGAACACUUCGGUGGCAAGCAGGCCUCCAAGGGUAUCAACCCCGACGAGGCCGUCGCCUUUGGCGCCGCUGUCCAGGCUGGCGUGUUAUCUGGCGAGGAGGGCACAGAGGACAUUGUCCUCAUGGACGUCAACCCAUUGACGCUUGGUAUCGAGACUACUGGCGGAGUCAUGACCAAGCUGAUUCCUCGCAACACUCCCAUUCCCACUCGCAAGAGUCAGAUCUUCUCUACGGCCGCCGACAACCAGCCCGUGGUCCUUAUCCAGGUUUUCGAGGGCGAGCGUUCCAUGACCAAGGACAACAACAUGCUCGGCAAGUUCGAGCUCACCGGCAUCCCCCCCGCCCCUCGUGGUGUUCCCCAGAUCGAGGUGUCGUUUGAGCUUGACGCCAACGGUAUCCUCAAAGUGUCUGCCCACGACAAGGGCACCGGCAAGCAAGAGUCCAUCACCAUCACCAACGACAAGGGCCGCCUUACCCAGGAGGAGAUUGACCGUAUGGUUUCCGAGGCCGAGAAGUACGCCGAGGAGGACAAGGCCACCCGUGAGCGCAUCGAGGCCCGCAACGGCCUGGAGAACUAUGCCUUCAACCUCAAGAACCAGGUCAACGACGAGGAGGGUCUUGGUGGCAAGAUUGAUGCCGAGGAUAAGGAGACGAUUCUGGACGCUGUCAAGGAGGCUACCGAGUGGCUCGACGAGAACGGCGCCAGCGCCAACGCCGAGGACUUCAACGAGCAGAAGGAGAAGCUGUCCAAUGUGGCGUACCCCAUCACAUCCAAGAUGUACCAGGGAGCUGGCGGCGAGGGCGGCGAGGGCGCCAAGGAGGACGAGGGUGGUCUCCAUGACGAGUUGUAA